AUGUGGGCCGGAGAUUCCUACAGGGAGGACGAUGACUUCUAUGAAGAUCUCCGCGAAGCUUUUCAUCAGGAAAUGGAAGAAAUGCUCUUUGAACAUGACGACCUUGUUGAUGACCUACGGCUAGAAAAUGAUGUGGAUUUUGAUGAAGAUAUCGAGUUAGAAGAUCGUCUAGACGAUCAAUUGGAACCUAACGAAGAUUACGAUGAGAUUCCACAAAAGUUAGCGAAAUUGCCGGCGAGAACUAAACGUAGGGGAGCUUUUUAUAUUAUCCAUGAGAUAUCCGAUCUCAAAAUUGAUUUUUUUAUCUUGAACUAGAUGAUUUAUAGGGUCUUUUGAAUUUAUAGGACUCUGUAAACUAUCUACUAACGAUUUUCGGAGAAAAAAGGGCAAGUUUAUAAAAAAUUGUAGAAAAAAAUCGCGCAUUGGAGAUGACCUAGUUCAAGUUGAAUUUUCACUAAAAUCUCGUCGAAUUUUUACGUCUAGCUGUCUAAAAUAGCUCUCAAAUUUAUUAAUAUUUCUUCUAGAUUGCCACUUGAGUCUUUGUACCGUAAUUUUUCUUUGUUCCGACGCGUUUUUUGAUCUUCACCUUGCUUCGAGUGGCCGUAAAAAAGAAAACGCUUUGUUCCAGAACAGAGAAAUUAACAUAUGGCUGUUUUGGACGUCUUGCGCUUAGAUAAGAUCCGUUCUUUUCGGAAAUUUUAUUUCCGAUCAUAUGGGUGCCUUUGCAUCUGUUUAUAAGGGGGCUUUAUCUGAUGGCUAGUAUAAUAUAAUUUUUGCUAGAAUUCCGUCGAUAGCAGUUUCAUCUGGAAGAAAAGUGUUUUAGAUAUAAAGACAGUGCUUCUAGUUUCUGUUAACGCGUUAAUUAACGAGUUUUGAGUCAUCUACCGUCCGUAUUUUACCCUUGUUACAAGUUGACCCACAUUUCACAAAAUGUGUCACGUCUUUCCCUCUUCAACUGUUUCAUAAUUUUCUGUGAAAAAUGCGUGGAAAUCAGCUCCAACUGCCCGCAAAUGUCUCGCGUUAGUGUUGUAUAACGGUUUUCUCCUCUUUCCGCAUUUUUUGUUAGGCCCUUUCAUCCAUUUUUCGCUUUUCUAGCCGCGUUUGGCAAGUACAAUAUUUUUUACUCUUUUUUUUGACAAAAAUGCCCCUUACUGCAGCUGCUCGGUUGGCCCAAGACUUCCAAGAGCUCAAAAUGACCGCCGACUCGUUGUGGUACAGUGGAAAGUCGAAGAAAGUGGAGAACAACGCGGAGUACGUGUCGUCGAAGAGGUUCGCCGUUGAAGCCAAUCCAGCCGACAGACUGAAGAUCACUCACUAUUAUGUGGACUUUAUCGGAAACAAGGAGACAAAACAGGCCAGACUUCGCUUGAUCACGCAUAGAAAGGCCAAGACUGAGUCCAUCUUGAUCAGCUAUCAUUUCUCCAUUGCGAACCAAGACGAGGAGAAUAUCUGGAGCUCUGGUAAAGUUUUCUAAUUUAUUUUUUUUUGGUUUUUAGGUAUUUUUGGAGGUAAAUAGCGAUAUUAUCACUGUAGCGAGAUAAAUUCAAUAGAAUUAUGACGACUUUUUUAUAUUGCACUAGCUGUCUGUUAAGAAAUCGCUAUAAAGUUGUGCAGACGACUCGGAGAUGUUUGAAAAUUUCCGGCAAAAUGGUUGACAGCAUAUCACUGCUAUUAGAGAGGUUUUCUGCUCGAAACAACUUAUUCUUGACCUAAAUGAUUUAUUUUUGUAUGUUCAACACCUAAAACAAUAUUUUCAGACUACGUCACGGCCCAGCACUCCAAUAAGGAACAUAUAACUGUUGAUUUGCCUGUUGCACACCUCAAUACCCCUUUCUACAUCAAGGGCGAGUUUCGAAUUGUGGGAAAGAAGGACGAUAAAAAGAAAGUUGAGAGUAAGAAGAGGGCUGCCAAUUUUGUUGAUCCUACCGAAAAGAAGUUGAAGCUGGACUUUACCAACUUCUAUAACAAGCCAGAGUAUAGCGAUUGUGAGCUGCAUUGUGGAGGCAAAGUGUUCUAUGUGAGUCUUUUGAACUUUGUUUUCUGUUUUUAGAUUCGUCAAGGAUAAUAUAAAUUUUAAGUUGCGUUUGUGGAAAUUUAAGUGAAUUGGGGAAGGUUAAAGCCUUAGCCUCAAUUUUCUUUUGAAGAAAUAGCGUAUUUUUGUUUUUGUCGCUCUUUUUUGGGUUUUGCAUUUAAUAAAAUAUAAAUUUUCAGGUGUCUCGAGUUAUUCUCUCCGCUGCCUCCGAUGUUUUCGAUGCCAUGUUCAAGUCCAAUAUGACCGAGGCUCAACACGGCAAAGUGAACGUUGUGGAUCAUGAGCCCGAAGUUUUGGAGCUCCUUCUCAAGUACAUUUACACCGGAAAAAUCUCAAACUUUGAUAUGAAAGCAGAUAAGCUCGCUCAAAUUGCCGAAUACUAUCAUAUCAAGGGACUCGCUGAGGAGUGUGUGGACGCGCUUAUCCGGAGUAUCGAUGUCAGAAAUGUGGGUGAAAGAACGAUGAUGGCGCAUGCCAUCAGAAGCAAGAAAUUGCUGAAAGCUUGCCUGGAUUACAGUCAAGCGCACAUUGACGAGGUCGUCUAG